AUGAAUACAAUCAUAUCAACAACAACACGUGAUGAAGACGUUGCUCGUCACUUUAUUCUUGGAGCUGCACAUGCUGUGAUUUUAAAAAUUGACUUACAAAAUCAAACUUCUACUACAUCCAAACAAUUUAUUGAUAUUUCUCAUUUAAGUACAAUUCCAGGAGAACAAGAAAUUUUAUUCUUUGUUGGAACUGUUUUCUCUAUUGAUUCUGUGGAACAAGAAACUGAUUCAACUUGGUUCAUUAAACUUACUCUACACGAGGAAAUAUCGAAACAUAUGGAAAAACUGGCUUCAGAUUUUCAACAAUAUAUCAACUUUCCCUGUAUUCAGCUUCAUUCAUUUAUGAAAACAGAUGACUUUAAUAUGAUUGAUCUGUAUUAUUCUAUGUUAACAGGACAAAACUUUUCGUUAAAUAAUAAUCCUACAACUAUGAUAUAUAUUCAUGUUGCUUUUUCCUUUAGUAAUUUAGGUUUUUAUAAGCAAGCAAUUCAAUUUUAUGAGCAAGGUAUUUCAGUGGGAAAGUUUUCAAUUGACAGUCCUGAAUCGAAAGUUCUCUAUUUAAUCAUUGAUUAUCUUUAUUCUCAUUUAUCUGAAUAUGAUACGGCUCGUAUUUAUAUUGGUAUUGUAUUGUCAUGCUUAGAUGAAACUGAUUUAUUAGCAAGUGAACUUUUUAAUCACAUUGGUGAUGUUGAGAAUAAAGACAAGAAUGAAGACAACGCAUUAUCGUGUUAUCAAGAAGCAUUGAAAAUUGCAAAUUAUCAAGAUAUUCCUUCUUUACCAAAUAUUUAUCGAAAUAUCAUUGGUAUACUUAAGAAAAAAAGAAAUUUUCAAGAAGUUUCUGUCUAUGAAGAACAAGCAAAAGAAAUCGAUUACAACCAGUAUCAUAUAUCAACAUUAGAAUUAGGCAAAAAGAUAUUCGAAACAUGUAAAAACCAAUUAGAGAAUGAAACUAAUCUUACACCUAUACAACGUGGCGAUUUAUUAUAUAAAGUUGGUUUAUAUCUUAUGAAGAAUAAUGAUUUUCAAGGAGCCUUGACAAAUCUUUUAGAGGCAAAAAAAUCAUUUCUGGAAGAACCACCUUCAUGGCAUCGUUUUCCUCGGCAGUUGCCGACGUUAUUCGAUAAUAUUGCGUUUGCUUAUCUGUUCCUUCGCGAUCAUUUAAAAGCAUUAGCAAUGUGGAAGAAAGCUAUUGAUAUACGUAACAGUUUUUGUUCAAAUUAA